AUGAAGCAGCUGCUGUUUUAUUCGAACCUAGCCUUGGAGCUUCGCACUCCUAAUCUGGGUGUUUCUGCCCUUUCAGAUGCUUCCGUCCUGUGCCGGCCAUUAAGCCGCACCGGACUGCAAAUCGUUAUUGCUUACAUCGUUUUGAAGCUACUCACUUAUGAGCGGACCUUUGUGUACAUAAUCAAUUGCGCCGGUCAUAUGUUUCCAAUAAUGUUCAUCUACUUCUGCGCUUAUGCUGCGUGGAUUUAUGUGCAGCAACCUGGAACAGUGAACAAGAAAGUAGCUCGAGUUCUUUCGCUGCCGAUCUGGGCCUACGUUCUAUGCUUCAUAUCAUGCUACUUCGGUCCCUUCCGAGCUGCCGUGUUCGGUGCAUCGGCUGCGGUACUCGGUGCACUUUCAGCCGGUUUGUGGCGAGUGGAUGACGGCGUUUCUGAGGUUUUUGUUGCAGAAGAUGCAGAUGAAGUUAAACUUUUGAAGGAAGAGGAGCCGACAAAACUUCCAACAGACGACACAGCUUCCGUUGUUUCCAUCGAUAAAGCCCUUGGUAGUGAUAAGAUCAUAUCCGUCAUCGUUGGAUUGUGUGCGCUGUCAUGGCUAGUACGUCAUGAUUCCGCUCUGCUACUCAUUCUGAUCCCAUUCAUCUUUGCUUCCAUCCGCAGAGCUGGCUCUAGCAGUGGUUUUACUCCUGCUCUUUAUGGAGGUUUGUCUUCAUUCUGGGAGCGUGUAUAUCCGCAUGUCAAGAGAGUUGUUGAUAUCACCGUGGCAGGACCAUUACGUCAGUUUGUGAAGGUGCUUUUUACCUCAGACCAAAUGUUGGUUGAGUCUCUACAUUCAAAGAUGGAUUUCCUGUCUUCUGUUGUUGUCAUGCUUCUCCUAGCAUUGUCGGCAAUUUCCGCCCUGACAUUUGUUGGAUUCCAAUUGCAUAAUGAAACG